AUGCAAGCGCCUAUGCAGAGCACAGGCCUUCGAGUGAGGCAGCAGCUGAGGUGCCACCCACCUCGCUCCGGCACGUUGAGGGCCAUUCGGGCCGUGCCCACCUCGACAAACCAAGCGUUUGUGGUCGAGCAGACUGAUGAGACGUGGGCUGCUUUUGGCGCGAAGUUUGCGGGCGAGUGGGAGGGCGUGAGCGUAUCCUACGCCGCCGACGGCGCGCCCCAGCCGCUGCCGGAGCACUACGUUCCCGGCGCCUACAGGGACUGGGGCGUGGAGAUCCGCGACUGGCAGACGCAGUGCAGCUGCACCACAGGCGAUGGCAGGCAGUUAAGCGUCGUGCUGCGGCGCCUGAUGCCGACCGUGGGCUGCGAGGCGGACGCCGUCGCCUUCACGCAGGACGCCACCACGGCCAUUGCCGGCGGCGGCGAAGCGCCGGCGCUAGCCUACCUGCCGGACGGCAGUUACACGACCGGCCCCGCUAGCUUUGACCUGGUCAACGCAUCCAAGCUGCGCUUUGAGGCGUGCUUCGCGGGCCCCGGCCUCAGCACGGAGGGCAUCCUCAGCAACGGCGGCGGCGCCGCGGCGCCGGCGGGGAACGAGGAGGGGCCGGGGCCGGCGGCCGCGCAGCCGCCGAGGUACCGCCUGAAGGUGGCGCAGAACUUGGCGCGCAAUUGGGCGGACGGGAGCUGGCGGGUCGCGAGCGUGGAGCUGCAUAGGGAGAGGUACGACGGCCCCCACACCGGCCGGCAGGAGCUCGCCGGCUGCGGCGGCGGCCAGCCGACCAUCUCUGGCCUGCAGCCUGUCCCAGAGGAGCAGCUGCGCGGCAGCUGGGCGGUCGAGGGCGGGGUCGUCCUGGUGGCUGACGGCGGGGCGCUGCGGCCGGCGGCGGCUGGCGGCGCGCGCGGCGCGGCGCCGAUUGGUGCAGAGGGUGCGGUCCUCACGCGGCUGCCACUGGGUGCGUGGUCUGCGGUGCGCGCAGAUGGCAGCGGCAACUUUUGGAUCGAAUCGGGGGCGCUGGCGGAGGGCGGGGUGCGCCAGGUCGCGGCGCGCAGCUACGAGGGCGGCGCGGUCAAGGAGGUGUCUCUUGGGGUGGAGCGGCUGGCUGAGUGA